CCACAAUCCAACUUUUCAACUCUGAAUUUUGACCCUCGACGGCGUGGUGUUAUUUGGUUCAGUGUCAAGAAAGUAGAGGUCAUGGCCAGUAUCAGGAAGGUUGCAGUGGUGACAGGGUCCAACAAGGGCAUUGGGUUUGCUGUUGUGAGAGGGCUGUGUAAAAGCUUUGAUGGUGAUGUCUUCCUGACAGCUCGGGAUGAAGGUCGUGGCCAGGCCGCCAUUGCUGACCUAAACAAGGAAGGCCUCCAGCCCAAGUUCCAUCAGCUGGACAUCAAUGACCGGUCAAGCAUAGAGCGGCUGAAGUCCUUCCUACUGUCCACCUACGGGGGAUUAGAUGUUCUGGUCAACAAUGCUGGAAUUGCAUACAGGAAUGCUGACCCAGCACCGUUUGCUGAGCAAGCUGAAUUUACCUGUAAAACCAACUUCUGGACAAGCACCUGGUCUGUGUUUGGCAGGGUUGUUUCUGUGUCCAGCGUGCUAGCUCACACAGCUAUCGAUCAGUGUUCCCCUGCCGUUCAAGGUCGCUUCAAGGACCCUACCCUCACAAUGGAAGGACUGGAGAAGAUCAUGCAAGAGUUUGUAGAUGCUGCGAAGGCAGGUAGACAUCUUGAAGAGGGGUUUCCAAAGUCAGCGUAUGGUACCUCCAAGAUCGGGAAGAACUUCAUGACUGUCAUUCAGGAUAGAGACAUCAGGAAGGACCCGAGAGAGGACAUUGUCAUCAACUCAUGCUGUCCUGGCCAUGUGCAAACAGAUAUGUCGAGUCAUACAGGCCCAAGGAAUAUUGAUGAAGGUGCUGACACCAUGGUGUAUCUGGCACUCUUGCCCCCAAACACCACAUCCCCUAAAGGCAACUUCGUUGCAGACAGAUCCAUUCUGCAGUGGGGAUAAUUAAAGAAUUUUACAUGGAGAACAUGUGCAGGUCUCAGUCAGUGAACCGUUGGAAAGUCUUGUAGAUUUGUCUUAAUUCUUAUAAUCCUCUAAUUUUGCGUAAAUUAUUCACAUUUGAGGAGUAGUUGGUUGUAUUAUUAGUUUACUUAUGCAGUAAGUUCCUUAUUGUCUUAGUUAUGCUCAUAUAUCCAGUGUAGCUGUUCUUGAUCGUGUUUUGAAACCACCUCUGGAUCAAUGGGCUGCCAACAAGCCUCCAGUGAGGAAGUGUCGUCUCCACCUCUUUUUGAUUAUUGUGAUUGACUGACUGAUUGAUUGUUGUUAAGCGCUGUGAUAUUCCAGCUAUAUGGCGACUGUCUGUAAAUAAUCGAGUCUGGACCUGACAAUCCAGUGGUCAACAGCAUGAGUAUCGUACUACACAAUUGGGAUACGAUGACAUGUGUCAACCAAGUCAGCAAGCCUGACCACCCAAUCCUGUUAGUCGCCUCUUAUGACAAGCAUAGGUUACUGAAGAUCAAUUCUAACCCUGAUCUUCACAGGUCAUGACUCUUUGGAACUAUACUGUGAUGGAAGGUGUCUCUUGGAUAGUACUUUAACAGAAUGGAGUUAUAAUGUAAUCAGUGAUGUGUCUUAACCUCCAUUACAAACAUUGCAAAUCUGAUACAUCUGAAGUCUCCUCUCCCCAACCCGAUUCUUUAGGAGACAAACUAAAGUGCAUAAUUUCAUCAGUGUAUGAUUAAUUCUUUGUUAUAUUUUUCUUGGAAUGGAUAAUAUUGAAAUAAGUUCCAUGUGUCUUACAAUUAUUUCUGGAGAGAUAUUGAAAACUAGUAGGCAUACAUUUACAAACUUAGUACACACAUCCAUCAAAAACUGUAGUCAUGCCUUUUGCUGUUAUAAUGGUUUCUGACCUUUCGUUUCCAGGAAUAAUUGGCAGCAUUUCCAAGGCAACAUGUUUGACUUGAUUUCGAAUAAGGGCAAGGCUCUUAAUCGUUUAACAUGUCUGUGAACCUGUAUCCACAUCCGGAAAGUGCUUUAUUAUUUUGUUUUGAUUUUACAUGUAAAAACAUGGUAAUUACAAGUUGGAGAAUGAGGAUUUCAUUUUGUUGACUAUAACUAAUAAACCGUUCAAAGUUGCUUGAUGACAUGUUGUAUCACUGUGAUGUUUCCUGGUUAGAAUUAGACCCAACAAGCUAUUCUGGUUUUGACUGAUGACUGAUGGGUCAGACUUGGUGCACCACAAUAAAACAUAAUACAUCUUCUCAGGACUCGGUUAAAUUUUGUUGAUUUUUUAUGUUUUAUUGUUAUAAUAUUUAUAAUAUUAAAGAUAUGAUACUGUUAGUAAUGUUCUUUUCAAUGACAAGCCUGUCUGAUAAAAGUUUUUAUCUGUAAUUCACAUUGCUUGAAAGCAUAGAAAGUAUUUAGAAUUGCUCAAGGGGUAUUAUUAUCGUGUGUUGACAGGUGUGUUGAUGUGUGUGUUGACCUGGACAAAAUAAUAUGUCAGGAAUGGCAAAGAUGAUGCACAAAUACCUGUACUUUUGGAAUGAACUUUUGAUGCUUGGUGUGGUUUUGACUUGUAGUGUAGAACCAGAUGUUGAGAUGAAAGGCUGUUCACAUACUGGACUGUUGGUCCUUGGCUAUCCAUAUACUGUUGGUCCUUGGCUAUUCAUGUACUGUUUGUCCUUGGCUAUCCAUGUACUGUUGGUCCUUGGCUAUCCUUGUACUGUUGGUCCUUGGCUAUCCAUGUACUGUUGGUCCUGGGCUAUCCUUGUACUGUUGGUCCUUGGCUAUCCUUGUACUGUUGGUCCUUGGCUAUCCAUGUACUGUUGGUCCUUGGCUAUCCAUGUACUGUUGGUCCUUUGGCUAUCCUUGUACUGUUGGUCCUUGGCUAUCCAUGGACUGUUGGUCCUUGGCUAUCCAUGGACUGUUGGUCCUGGCUAUCCAUGGACUGUUGGUCCUGGCUAUCCAUGUACUGUUGGUCCUUGGCUAUCCAUGUACUGUUGGUCCUUGGCUAUCCAUGUACUAUUGGUUUAUUUGCAUUUUAUUGACAGUAUUGCCUGAAAGUAUUAGCUCUUGUAUUCAGUGCCCAGUACCUCAGUGUUUCAUUUUUAGUCAGGUUUCAGCCAGGACUCCUACCUCCACAUAUUUUGCUGCUGAGUUGGUCUUACCAACCAUAUGUAACAGAUGGAAAUGUUUGACAUCAAGGAAACUUUACCUCCCUCGACAGCAUAACAGGCUCAGAUUUGAAGCUUGUGUCAUACAAAAUAUUUCUAUUUUUGCUGCAGCACAAUGACUGCAUACAUUUUGCAGAUUAAGAGUCAAUGUUGAGAUGUAAUUCCUUGUUUCAUGUUUGUCAGUUUGUCAUCAAUACAGAAAGCACUCAUCAACCCAGACUGGAGGUCUGUUGGUGUUGGUUUGCAUUCCAAACCGUUAGAGCCAGUUGAAGAAAGGAGCUGCGUUAUACUUCUAAAUACUCGGGAUACUCUGUCAAACAGUGGGGCUCAUCGUGCCAAAAUAUAGAUUCUAAAUGGUGCUACAUUCUAUACCUCACUCUUGAAUGUAUUAUGUAAGUGAUAUGUUCCACAAUAAAUGUAAUAAAUUGAAUAAUAUCA